AGUGUCAAGUACACCUCUGAUUCCACCUAGGAGGGGCUUCCAGAGAUGUUCCCGGGCUAAUUUGACUUCCUGAAGAGGAAGUUCAGGAAAUACUUAAAUUUGCCGUUGAAAGCACAGUUGGCCUGGGUGGGUUUUCCAACUCUUGUUUUGGUUAUACACGCCUCUAUAUUAUUAAUGGGAGAGCAGAGUUGACUUCUUACAAACAAAAAGAAAACCCCCAACACUGACUUCCUGACAGCUAUGUCUAAUGCCCGCUAGUAACCCCGCCUCAGCAGUGUUACUACAGGUCAUUGUCGACGGUUCUAACUGAAAGCAGGAAACAGUUCCUCUUGGGUUACUUAAACUUGGUCAGUCUUCAGCCUAGUGUCAGAUUACAGUGUGUAGCUGAGUGCUCUGUCUGGCCUCCUGCAGAUUUUAAAACUUUUUUAAGUUUCAUGAAAACUUAAUAAAAGAACUCUUUGAAGGCCACUGUAACUGAACUCCAGCCUACAGCUAUAUUAAACAUGAUUGUUGGGCAUUAGAUUUUUUUUCCCUCCUUGUUAAAAUAAGUUCCACCAGCCAUGGUAGAAACUGAAGUGUGUGGUCUCCUUCUUUAAACGACCAAACAACAACAACAAAAUGUGUUUCCCUCACAACUGGCUGUUAUCCUUUUCUCAAAGAUGAUCUAAAAUAGAAAAGUGAUGUUUAAUAUUUGUUAUUGAAAUGCAAGAGACUUACAGUGGCAUACUGAAAAAGGGAAAUGAUUGCUUUUAAAACCACAGCAAGCUGUGGGUCCCAGCACUGAUGUUUCCCAUCCUCCUGUGGCUUGGAAAAGCGCCAUGCAUGUGAAAAAUGCGAUCUUGUAGAUUUCAACUCAUAAUCGGGGAACAGGAUCCUCGGAGAGGUUUCAGCAUACUGUGUUUUGUUUAUUUGCCAGACAAACGGUGGAAACGUUUUAAAAUACCACUCGUUUGGAUUUGAAAUAUCCCCUUUGUCUUGCUGUGGAACUUUAAAAGUGGGGGGAGAUCUUGUUUAUGAAGGAAACUGGCAUAAGGAAUUUUUAGUGUUUCUGAAAAUACCUUACGAAUAUUCAUGCAAUAGCAUGCUUAUAGAUGCUGAGCUGUCUCUGUUAGUCACAAGAGGCUCUAUCUUUCUUUAAACUUUUACUCUGUAUGUGUGUAUGCACUGUGUACGUGUACAUGCCUGUGCUUGCACACACAUCUGUAUUCCUGUGGAGGUGACAGAACAACUUUAAGGAGUUGGUUCCCUCCUCCCACUAUGUGGGUCCCAGAGAUUGCACUCUGGCUGUCAGGCUGGGAGCAAACAUUUUACCCUCUGAGCCAUCUCACUAGCCCCAUCUCUUCUUCUCUCCCUCCCUCUCUCUUCCCUCCCUCUAUCCCUUUCUUUUUUUGGCAAACAGUUGUAUUGUGAUGCUGCUGCUGAGAUUUCAGGGCUUCCAAGUGCAACCCAAUUCUAGUGAUACAAACUUAUUUUUGAAAUCAGCCAAAACUUGGGAAAGAAAAAUACUUCAUUUAAGUCAUGGAAGGGUAUUUGCAUAAUAUGUUUGAGCUGAGAAUGUGUCCUUGCUUUAUGAUGGACUAUGAGAUAGUCUCUACUACACUCUCCUGUAAUUGGGUCAGUACCUAUUAUCAAAUCUACUUGAUUCAUGUAAGAAAGAAACAUUUAUGAAGGAAUACUUGAAUCAAAUUGCCUACUGUUUUUUUUGUUGUUGUUUUGUUUUUGUUUUCUUUUGUCGUUGUCCUCCCCCACCCCCCCCCACCCCCGUUAUUGACUCACUUGUCUUUGAUUCUUGGGAUUUAUAGCUAAUGGCACUCAAAGUAUGUACCUUCCCAGUUCAAGUAGGUAAUUUCAAUUGAUUUCAUCCUUUUUAGAAAUCCCAUAGAAUGGUGAGUGUAAGUUGGGCCUGUAAGCAGGAUUGUAAUCCCAGGUGCCUUCGAGAUAGAAAAGCAAAGAUGACAAGGUCUCUUGUGCCUGGUCUCCAGUGUGGGUUCAAGUCUAGUCUGGGGAACUUAGUGAAACCCUGUGCCAACACAAAAGGUAAAAUGACACCUGAGAACACAGCUCAGUGGCCAAGGGCUUGCCUAACCUACCCAAAACCUCAGUUCAGGAUAAAGAAAGCAGGAUAGGGAGGGUAGGUAGUGUCAUGUAAACCUUUGAGUACCUUCGUUAUGUUGGUGAAUUUUGCAUAAUUUGUGGAGUUAUCAAAAAUAUAAAACUUUUAAGAAAAUGCCUAAGGUUAACAACCAGUCUGAUUUAAUAUCUUCAUAAAGUAAUAUCUAAUUUGCAUUUGUACCCUUUAAUUAGGACGUCAAAAAUUGUGCUAGGUCCAACUGAAUAUCUUUUAAAUUAUUUAAGUGUGGAUAUUUUAUUAGUAUGUGUGCCUGUGCACCACAUGGUGCUUGAGGAAGUAGAAGAGGGCAUUCGACUCACUGAGAUAGGAAUAUACAGGGUGUUUGUGAUCCACCAUGAAAGUGUUGGGACCCGAACUUGUGUCCUCUGAAAGAGCACCAAGUCCUGCUAAGACAUUGUAAUCAUGGUACUAAAGAACUAUUUUUCUUUAGUGUGGUAUUAGAAAAAAAAAACCCAUUGACAAACUUUUUGAUGUCCUGAUGUUUGUUAUAAAAUAUUUAUGUUAAAUGCUAUGAUUCUACUGUAGAUCUGUUUGUGCAGUGAGUGAACACAGCUUUGACAAUUCAGUCUUAGAGAUGGCUUUGCUGAGGCAAGCCAUGAGGGUGUCUGGACAUUUCAUUAAAAGGAAAUAACUGGGCCAAGUUGCCCUCUGCAGACCACUAAGCAGUGUGCUUGUCGUAGAGCAGGUUUAAUGUGGAGGGCUAUUAAUAUAUUACUUAGCAUCAGACCAGGCUGGCUGCUGAGGGGGGGGGGCUGCAGGCAGGAAGGCCUCCUCACCAUUGGGGGACCCUGGGAUCCAGGAAGAAGCCUUUCUUCAAAGAGGAGCUCAGGCUUGGGUCAAAUACUAUCUUAGGUAGGUAGAUCGGGCUCAUCUGGUUUUAGGCUUAGUGUUAGAUUUUGUGACCCUACCCGGAUUAUUCCAUUUGCUCUUGAAUAGAGGGGUCUUGUUCAGCUGGCUGGCAUGGUUUGCAGACGGAGGCAACAGGUAUUUUCAGCAGAUGAUUGCCAUGCUGUGGGUUGAAGUGAGAUGGGAAACAAAUUAAUGUGCUGUGGAAGUAAAUCUGAAAUAAUAAUCAUCUUAGAAACUUCUGCCUUUCCGAGGCUCUCAGUUCUUCACAAUGAGUUUUGCCAUUUCAAAACUGGCAGUUAGGGAAGUGCAAGGUUUAUUUCCACAGUGGUGAUAUACCAUCCGCUGCUGGCAGGGUCUAUGUUUCUCUAGCAAUGCCUGGGAGACUGCUUCCCCAAGAUACCACCUACCUUUCUUGUAGAGCAUUAAUGUGCUUCUAACAUUACAGUAUCUUAUGCUCAUUGUCAGUUACUCCAACAAUGCAAAUCCCAUCAAAAUUGAUCAGCAAUGUACCCUCAGAAUCUACUGAGCGUACACUGUGUUAAUACCUUGUUAAUCAAUAAAUUAAGAAUUUACGAGUGGGGAGCUGGAGAUGGCCCCAUGGUUUGGAACACUGGUGGCUUUUGCAGAGGAUCCAGUUUGAUUUCCAACACCCACAUGGUGGCUCACAACCUUUUACAGCUUAAUUUCCAGGGAUUCAACUCCCUCUUCUGGUUCUAAGGGUACCAGACAUGCAUACAUAAAUAAAGACAAAACACUCAUGCACCUAAAAUAAAUAAAUCAGUGAAAUCUCAAACAAAAACUAAAAAGCUCACAGAACCAAAGCCACAGACAAACUCAUAGCAAAUGAGAUGUGGUCAUUUCAAAUCAAUUCAGUACCAGCCAGACUGGCCCUAGCCAGAGUUUAUAAGUCAUGUUCACAGUCUUUCUUAAUGUUGUCAGUGUUGGUAAAGGUUACUUACAUAAUUUGUCUUUGCAUGAUUAAAGGUGAAUGCAUUCUCCAUGUGUGUGUCUGCUCAUGAAGACUCAUGUGUCUAUGGUAUAGGCUCCUUUAUGUUCUUUGUGCUAUACCCGGGAUGGCAGAAUCAGCCUUCCUCUCUCUCCUGCCUUUCCCCUGUCUCUCUCUUUCUUUCCUCCACUUUCUUCUCUGUUUUUACUUGCCAAACUAUAAAAUAGGACCCAGGAAAGUUAUACAAAAAAGUAAAAGCAUACAUAUAUGUUAUUUCCAAGGAAAUUAUAAAUUGAAUUUCUGAUCCUACUUAAAGUUGUUCUUUUUGCCAAAACUAAGGGGUAUUUGCAUUGCUGUAGUGGUGUUUAAUUUUAGACAAGGAACUCUCAUUUGGGCAACUUCAGCCGUGUAUUUAUAUGAAAUAGUCAGAGAGCAGUUUUUAAAAAUGGUAUUACAUGUAUUCAUUUUGGUGGGGGGAGUGUUUUAUGAUGUGAUGUGUGUACGUGUGUGAGUGUGCAGGAGCACAUGUCCACGCAUGGGUAUGCAGAGGCCAGAGACUGACAGCUUGCCCACACAGGCACCUAUUGCCAUGGGUGGGGCCAUUCUUAAGUGCAGACUUGGUGCUUUUAAGUUACAGUAUUCUCCUGGCCCAGGCUGUGAGCUCUCAGGGCUGGAAGCCUCCCUGUGGCAGUCCUCAUAUCUUAACUGCUUUAGGGUUCAAGGAAAAACAUCUUUCAGAGUGGUUCUGUUUGGGGCUUGAAAAAGAUCCCCUUAAGCCCUGGUAGGGACCUGACAUAGUAACUCUGUGAUAACAUCUGCCCCUGACAGGUUUUUUGACUUUAAGCCUUCCAUGAAGUAGGCCUGAUGGCUUGAUAUAACUGGAACUGUUAAUUCACUGGUAUUCUGAACCCAAGCCCUGAGGUUAUUUUCCUCAACUUCCCAAAAAGUUCAAUCAUGGAGGGAAGUUGAGGGUUUUUAUCUUGAGCAUCCCAUGUGAUGUUCUAGUAGCCCCUAGAUCCUACUAUUAAAUUUAAUGUGUCUAUUUUAUUAUAUAGUUAGUUAAUCAUUUAUCAGCCCCUCCAAUCAUCCCUUGCUGCUUGUAUUUGGUUCUUUUUCCUUUCUAGUUGAAAUUUACAUAGGAUAAAAAGAUCCUAAUUGUGUCUCCUAAAGAGAUUUGAUUGGUACAUGUUUAAACAACACCUCUACCAAGAUUAAGAGUAGCAUCAUCCAUCAUUCUAGAAAGUUCCUCAUCUUUCUGCCCUCAGCCCACAGUGCCCACCUUACCCAGUGACGGCACUGUCAGCACUGUGGUUUUCCAUCUAGAUUGGUUGUUCUUGUUCAGCUUUUUGCACAGGGGAAUCAUCCAGUAGGCUCUGCUUUAUGGCUGCUGUCUUUUAUCCACCCUAAAUUUUGUUGUUGCGGUCCGCUCUUACUGCUGUUAGUUAUUUGCUCUGUUUUCUUUUUGCUUUGCUUUGUUAUGUGGUGGGGGUUGAACAGGAUCUUGAACACUCUAGGUCAGCCUGAGCUAAACACCAACCUGCUUUGUUCUUUCUACUGCUGGAUAGUCGUCUGUUCUGUUUGUUGAUCCAGUCCUACUGAUGAGCCUAUGAAUAAAGCUAUGAACAUUCUAAUACAAGCCUUUUUUUUCCUUAUAGACACAUAUGUUUUCAUUUUCCUUGAGUAAAUACCCAAGAAUACAAUAGCCGGGUCAUGGUACUAUUGUUUAGUUGUGUGAGUUACUGCCAGACCUUUCCCCAUAACAUAUGUACUGUUCUGAACUCCCACUCCCACAAAGAACGUAAGAAAACCAAGUGUCUCCGUAUCCCUGCCAGCCUUCUGGUGGAUACACGGUGCUAGAGUGUUGUGGUUUUAAUUUGCAUCUCUCUGAUGAUUAAUGAUGUCUGUCAGAUUUUCAUGUGUUUAUUGGCCUUCCCUGCAUCUCCUUUGGUGAAAUGUCCAAGUCACCCAUUUUGAUCAUUCGCUGAGCUGUCCACAUUCCGUAUGUAUCCUGGAUACCAGUUCAUUGUGAAAUCUGAGUUUUAUAAAUAUAUGUUCCCCCUGUGGCUUGCCUGUUUUCCUCAUGCCUUUUGGCAUAUCUUUUUCUUGCACAUUAAAGAAUCCCUCUUGGCAGGCCACCUCCAGUGUUCCCCUGAGCAGGCAGUGGAGCUUAGUGCCCUCCUGGCCCAGACCAAAUUCGGAGACUACAACCAGAAUACUGCCAAGUACAACUACGAGGACCUGUGUGAAAAGGAGCUCUCCAGUGCUACUUUGAACAGCAUUGUUGCAAAGCAUAAGGAGCUGGAGGGCAUCAGCCAGGCUUCGGCAGAAUACCAAGUUCUGCAGAUUGUGUCAGCAAUGGAGAACUAUGGCAUAGAGUGGCAUGCUGUGAGGGACAGCGAAGGGCAGAAACUGCUCAUUGGGGUUGGACCCGAAGGCAUCUCAAUCUGUAAAGAUGACUUCAGUCCUAUUAACAGGAUAGCUUAUCCUGUGGUGCAGAUGGCCACCCAGUCAGGAAAGAAUGUCUACUUGACCGUGACGAAGGAGUCUGGGAACAGCAUCGUGCUCCUGUUUAAAAUGAUCAGCACCAGGGCAGCCAGUGGGCUCUACCGGGCCAUCACCGAAACGCAUGCAUUCUACAGGUGUGACACGGUCACCAGUGCCGUCAUGAUGCAGUACAGUCGUGACUUGAAGGGCCACUUGGCAUCUCUGUUUCUCAAUGAAAACAUUAACCUUGGUAAGAAGUAUGUCUUUGAUAUUAAAAGAACAUCCAAGGAGGUAUAUGACCAUGCCAGGAGGGCUCUGUACAACGCCGGUGUUGUGGACCUUGUCUCACGAAAUGACCAGAGCCCUCCCAGCUCGCCCCUGAAGUCCUCUGACGGCAGCAUGAGCUGCGGCAGCUGUGAGGGCCUCAGCUGCCAGCAGACCAGAGUGCUGCAGGAGAAGCUUCGCAAGCUGAAGGAAGCCAUGCUGUGCAUGGUGUGCUGUGAGGAGGAGAUCAACUCUACCUUCUGCCCCUGUGGCCACACCGUGUGCUGUGAGAGCUGUGCUGCCCAGCUUCAGUCUUGUCCGGUCUGCAGAUCACGUGUGGAACAUGUCCAGCACGUCUACCUGCCAACCCACACCAGUCUUCUCAAUCUAACAGUCAUCUAAUGUGCCCUGCCAUUAAUGGACAUGCCAUGUCCCCAUGAGUCAAUCUGACUGUCAUCUAAUGCGUCCUGCGCUUACUGGACACGCCAGGUCCCCAUGAGCUGCAGUAUUGUAUGUAAACCAUAAGAAUAAGAACCUUGUGAGGAAAUAUCUCACUCUCAACACCCAUCUGCCAUGAGACAUUUUUAGACAGGAAGAAGAAAAGAAAAGCAAGACUGCAACCACUCCUCUUCUGUGAAUAGAAGCCAACAGCCCCAGUGGCAACAGGAAGAGCUCUGGGGCAUAGCCACAUUCCUUCUUGAACUUUGGGUUGUUGUUUUUUUUUUUUUUUUUUUUUUUUUUAAACGAUCAAGUAAAGGAGUAGAUAAAAUUGUCUUUGUCAGUUAAGUGGCACCAUAGCCCAACAGUGGGUACCUUUUAGGAAAUGAUGUCAUAUGUCUCCUUAACUUCUCCCAAGGCAGCAUAUUUUAUAGGAGUUUUAAAAGUUCCCUUGGUUCUUUUUGUAUGGUCAUGGAGCGCUGAACAUUUUUUAAUAGGAAAUUUUUUUUUCUUAAAGAAAUAGUCCUCAUUGUAAUGUCAUUUUUGUCUUUAUAACUCAUGCAAGAAUGACUAGAAAGCUAGCAGAUUGAGAAACAAUCCUGUGACUUCUCAAGGGUUGACAUGUUGUCUGAUUGAAACCAGUGUGAUGAGAGGAAACAGGUAACAACAUGGGUGACUUCUUAGCCCUUCUUUUCCCCCACACCCCACACCCCAUGCCUUUCCGUGAUAAAAUGCUACCAGCUUGGUUAAACGACUUCCAUGACAUCGUCAAGCACUCCCUGGGCUUUUGAGCUGGUAGAAUAUUUGGAGAUUGGAAAGGAAAAGUUCACAGACGGACAGACAGACCAAGCGUGCCAGAGAUGCUCCUGGUGUGCUCAGGCGGUUCUUCACUUUCCCCUAAGCACUCACUCCAGCUGCACCCAUGGGUGUCGCCUUGCUUGAAGAUCAAACCUUCUCCAGCCUUAUCACAGGUCUCUAGAUAGUGUGUCCUUUUCAUGUGUGUUUCAUUUCGCUUUGUUCCUGUUUUCUUGUCGAUAAUGCUUCCAUGUUCAUUGUGUUGCCCCCGCCCUGCAUCUUUCAGAGGUGGGGUUAGUUUGUUCUGUUUCCAUAUUUUUAAUCACAUUUCCACCCCCCACGUGGGCAUUUUGGAAGCUAGUGAGCUAGGGGGUUUUCUAGGCUGUCAGGAAAACCUAGCUGACCUCAUUGGGUGCAAUACUAGCUAAGUAAAAGCUAGAAACCUACACUGUCACUUUACUGAGAUUUCUGAGUCUACGUUUCAUAUUGCCUUAAUGUAGCAGUAACGUCUUUAUGCAUUUGUUUCUUUGCACAGACAUUUUGUCAGAUAUUAAAACUCUACUUUUUUAUGGCACAUAUUAGCAUAUAAGCCUUUAUUCCAAGAGGUAUUUAUUUUUUCACUUGUAAAAAAAAUAAUGUUUCCACAUUUAAAAAAACAAAAAACAAAACUCUGUUAUAUCCUAGAGGACUUCUGUCUUUUAUAUUCAGGAUAAUAAAGACUUUAAAGCA